AUGGAUGAUGUGGUGAUCAUUGAGAAAAUUUUGAGGUCUAUGACUUCAAAAUACGAUUAUGUUGUCUGUUCGAUUGAGGAAUCUAAUGACCUGGACAUCUUAUCUAUAGAUGAACUCCAGAGUAGCCUUCUCGUGCACGAGCAAAGGAUGAGUCGACAUGUGGUUGAUGAACAAGCACUCUUAGUCACUUAUAUGGAGUCCAGCAAGGAGGACGAGGUCUAG